ACAACCGUCCUCUAAAAUCUUCUGUGGGCACAAACAACUUCAGCGUCUAAAAACCGGCUACCAAAACAAAUAUCUUUUUCAAAAUCUGAAAUCAUCCACUUCUAUAAAGAUAUAUUUUUAUUUGUGAUAAAUUAAACAAAAAAUUUACACUCAAAUAUGUCUAUUGGAGUUCCAAUCAAAGUGCUCCAUGAAGCCGAAGGACAUAUUGUUACUUGCGAAACUAUUACCGGUGAAGUUUAUAGAGGGAAACUAAUCGAAGCGGAAGAUAACAUGAAUUGCCAAAUGACUCAAAUAACUGUAACUUACAGAGAUGGUAGAGUUGCACAACUAGAAAACGUUUAUAUUAGAGGAUCGAAAAUUAGAUUUAUGAUACUUCCGGAUAUGUUAAAGAAUGCACCUAUGUUUAAAAAACAAACAAAAUCAGGUACUGCGGGACGAGGAAAGUCGGGCAUUCUUCGAGCCCAAGCCAGAGGAAGGGGUAGAGGUGGACCUCCUACUAGAGGAGGUAGAGGAGGAGCACCUUGGCCAAAUCAGCAAGUUGGUCCAGGAGGAAGAGGACGAUAAUAUUAAGAUGUAUUUACUCAUAUGGGUGUAUAUAUAAGUAUUUAAAUUUUGAUUAUAAGACAAGCUUUUAGGAUAAAUGUAAGUUUUUCAAAACCUAAUCAACAUUUAUCAAAGAACAUUUUAGGAUAAAUAGUUCGUAUCUUAGAAUAUAAUAAUGUGAAGAAGUUUAUUUCUAACCUCUGUUCAAUUUAAUUAGUAAUUGUAACAUUAAAACACUUAAAUUCUGUAAAGUAUUUUAUAUAGAGGUAAAUAAAAUUUUUAUUAAAAUACUAUCUUCUUGAGGUAUAUAAUGUUAAUUCAGAGUAAAAGAUCUUAUUUUUUUU